AAUAAAAUUAAUACAAGCUUAUUUUAUACACUACAAACACCACUUUUCUAUAGGUUUAAUGAUUUGUAUUCAUAUUCAUAUGAGAAAUAGUUCACCCAAUUCAUGAAUCAUGAUUAUCCUAUAUUAUAAUUAUUAGUCAUACAAAAUGAUUUGUAUUCAUUUUAUGGUUCACCAAAUUCAUGAUUAUCCUAUAUUAAUUAGUCAUCCAAAAUGAUGCCUAUUAAGGAAAUACAAGAAAGAAAACACCACAAAAUACAAAUUGUUGAUAAUCCUUAAAUCCAAGCCACCCCCAUUCUCCCACGUUUUACCAACAAGACAAAUCAUAGUUUGUCCUUCGUAUAAUCCAAGAACAACUCUCAAUUGUACGUGUUAGAGACUCCUUGCUUUUUUGUCACAACAAUGUUGCCUUAGCUUAGAUGUUUUUCAAAUAAUAAUAAUAAUAAUCUUACCUACCAUAACGCCAUAGACCCGGUAUUUGUUGCGACACUACACUCAUAUCUUAACUUCCCAUUCACCACUAAACCUAUAUUACAUCUCUCUAAUUACGUCUCUCUAAUUACUUACCUCUUUAUUUUCUCCACUACAUUGUAAUGGAAAAAACGUUACACUUAAGUUCCUCAUUUCUCAUGUGAUUAAUUAAGACAAAUUCUUUUUAUAUAUAUAUUCCCACAAUUUCCAAUCACCCUUCUCAUUCACUCAACUCAAAAUAUUUUCAUAGCUCAUUAUUAUUUAUACAAGUCCUUUUUGUAUAACCUAAUGUUCAUGGCUACACAAAAUUGUUCAAAAUGUGUCAUGUUGGUGACACUAUUAGUAACAAUUCUCUUUGUUCAUCCAAUAUCUUCAACAUCAAGAGGAUCUCUCAAGCAUCACAAAAUUUCUCAAGGAGGGUUCCGAGUCACUCUUCGCCAUGUUGAUUCGGGCAAGAACUUGACGAAACUCGAGCGAGUUCAACAUGGCAUCAACCGAGGACAUAGCCGACUCCAAAGACUUAAUGCAAUGGUUUUAGCCGCAUCAACAACUCAAGAUUCUUCUCAAUUGGAAGCACCAAUUCACGCCGGAAACGGCGAGUAUCUAAUGGAAUUAUCGAUCGGAACACCACCAAUUUCUUACCCUGCAGUUUUGGACACAGGAAGUGAUCUCAUAUGGACUCAAUGUAAGCCUUGUUCACAAUGUUACAAACAACCAACACCAAUCUUUGAUCCAAAAAAAUCCUCAACUUUUUCUAAACUCUCAUGUAGUAGUAAUCUAUGCAAUGCUUUACCUUCCUCAUCUUGCAGCAACAAUGUUUGCAAUUAUGAUUAUUCAUAUGGUGAUUAUUCAACAACUCAAGGUAUUUUAGGUAGUGAAACAUUUACUUUUGGUGAUGAUAAAAAAAACCAAGUUUCUGUUAAAAACAUUGGUUUUGGUUGUGGUGAAGACAAUGAAGGACAAGGUUUUGAACAAGCAUCAGGUUUGGUUGGAUUAGGACGUGGUCCUUUAUCUUUGGUUUCUCAAUUAAAAGAACAAAAAUUCUCUUAUUGUUUAACCUCAAUGGAUGACACAAAAGAAAGUGUUCUUUUGUUAGGUUCUUUUGCAAAUGUUAAUGUCACAAAACAUGUCACAACACCACUUAUUAAAAAUCCAUUACAACCAUCUUUUUAUUAUCUUUCACUUGAAGGAAUCACUGUUGGUGACACAAGAUUAUCAAUUGAGAAAUCAACUUUUGAUGUUAGUGAUGAUGGAAGUGGUGGAGUGAUUAUAGAUUCUGGCACAACAAUUACUUAUAUUGAAGAAAAUGCUUUUGAAACAUUAAAGAAAGAGUUUAUUUCACAAACAAAAUUACCAGUCGAUAAAUCAGGUUCGACCGGUUUAGAUGUUUGUUUUACUCUACCAUCAGGGAAAGCAGAAGUCGAAAUUCCUAAGUUGGUUUUUCAUUUUAAAGGUGGUGAUUUGGAAUUACCUGGUGAAAAUUAUAUGAUUGCUGAUUCAAGUUUAGGUGUUGGUUGUUUAGCUAUGGGAGCUUCUAAUGGAAUGUCUAUAAUUGGUAAUGUUCAACAACAAAAUAUUUUGGUUAAUCAUGAUCUUCAGAAAGAAACUAUUUCUUUUGUUCCUACUCAAUGUAAUAAAUUGUGAUGAGUUUGUGUUAUGUUAUGGACUUAUGGACAUCAAAAUCAUUUUACUUUGUUUUUCUAUGUUGCCUUGGUACUAAUCUUGUAAUGAUUAAAUCUCUUAGUUGGUUUAAUAAUAUGAUGAACUGUUUGCUUUCUGCAUA